AUGAUUUAUUGAUUUCCUCUGCCCCCGUGGAGACCCUCCCAUCAGGAGAGCUGCCGUCCUGGGAGCGGGCACAGGCGGGAACAGCCCCCACCCUGCUCAUCAAACUCGUCAAGCCCUGCAGGGGCUGUGAGCACCAGGCUGGAGGCCAGGAGAGAGGAGGGAGACUCCAGGAGGAGGGGACAGCAGGCAGCGCUUGGGGACCGAGCCCCCCUGAGCCAGCAGCGCCGGCUCAGACAGGCCACCCAGUUCCUGCACAAGGACUCUGCCGACCUGCUCCCCCUGGACAGCCUCAAGAGGCUCGGCACCUCCAAGGACUUGCAGCCGCACAGCGUGAUCCAAAGACGCCUGGUGGAGGGAAACCAGAGUCAGCUUCAGGGGGAGUCUCCCCUGGUGCAGGCCCUGAUUCAUGGCCAGGAGAGCAGGAGGAAGACCAGCAAGACAGAGAUUCCGGCUCUUCUGGUCAACUGCAAGUGCCGAGACCAGGAGCUUCGGGUGGCCGUGGACACAGGCACCCACCACAACCAGAUCUCCACUGGAUGCCUCAGCCGCCUGGGGUAAGAGCGGAAGGUCCUCAAAGCCCCGGGGGGGGGCCUAGCACCUGGGCCCCCCACCCAGGUGGAGCAGCUGGAGCUUCAGCUGGGCCAGGAGACGGUGGCCUGCUCGGCUCAGGUGGUGGAUGUUGAGAGUCCCGAGUUCUGCCUUGGGCUACAGACGCUGCUUUCUCUCAAGUGCUGUAUCGACCUGGAGCGUGGAGUACUGCGCCUGAGAGCCCCCUUCCCAGAGCUGCCCUUCCUGCCUCUGUACCAAGAGCCUGGCCAGUGACUGCUGAACCAGUCGGUCCCCAGGGGAAGGACCUUGCCUUGGGGAAGAGCCGUAUGGGGGGGAAUGGGGCAU